UUUGUGGGUUCUUUACAAGGAGCCUUAAAUGAAAUAGAGGUAAACAAAAAGACAAUUACUGUGGUGGUGAGAGAGUGUGUUGGUAUCACAACAGAGCCAUGUCCGGAGAGACUUCUGGGAGAGGAGAGGAGGAGGAUGUGUCCUCGUCCCUGCAGGUCUGACAGCGACUGUGGCAGCAAACGGCAGUGUCUGUGUGACGGUCAUUGUGGUCUCAGCUGUGUGGCUCCAGGUCGCACUUGUCCCUGGCCUCUUCCCCCCGGUGAAAACUCAGAAGCUCGCCUCCUCUCUCCCACUCACUCCUUUUCUGCCCUGCUUGAAGUGCGCUGCAAGCCAGGCUUCACAUUGCCCAAUGGCUUGGAUGCCACUGUUCGCCGUUGUCAGGGUGACCGACAGUGGAGUGGAGAUGAUCCCAUCUGCACAGCGACUGACCCACCUGAAAGCACUUCUGCCCAAACCUGCCCUCUGCCUGAGGAGGUGAUCAACACCUUCACCAUCCACGGUGACGCUUCCGUAGGGACUUCAAUCCACUACAGCUGCCUGUCUGGGGCUGACAUUAUUGGGAGCAGUGAAAAUUUCUGUCAGGAAAAUCAGACGUGGCAGUAUCCUCACCCCAUUUGCCAAAAGGUGUUCUGCCAGCCUCCUAAAGAGGUUGAGCAAGGCUACUUGGUCGCCGUUCUGAAGUCUGAGUACGAGGUUGGCUUUGACAUCCACUACCUCUGCAAAAAGAACUUCCUGCUGGACGGACCUCAGAAGAUCACCUGUCUGUUGAACGGCAACUGGACCGCAUCGCCCCCACAUUGCAGAGCUCGCUGCGUCAUCCCUGCUGAGCGGAGCCGCGUGGUGAUUGGCGGAGUCAAGCGCUGGCCGUUUGACAUUACAGAUGCCAUGGUGCCCCACGGGGAGAAUGUGACAUUCUUCUGCAAACAUCCCCGGAAGCAGUGCAGCUUCACCGCGGCUCAGAGCUGCUUCGACGGGAAGCUCCCGCCGCCGGCCUGCUACCUGGAGCCCACGUGGUUGCAAUAUAAACUCUUCCCUCACCGGCUGGUCUCGGAAAUCGAAGCGUGCGACAGUGGCGAUGUGGAGUGAUGACCUGCGCGUCUGACCCCGGGCCCCGUCACAACAACCGCGACACUGUGUCACAGUGCAAACACUUCCCCGCACACCACUCUGACCAUUUCUGUGGCUUCCCCACAUCCAUCUAUGAUAUAAUACUAGUCAGUUAGAGCCUGAAGUAUUUUCAGAGCUCAUGUGAAUCAGCAUCUUAAGCUGUGUGUCUGCGAGGAUUUAAACUCUGCUCUUGGCUUUAGUCUCUUUAUCCUGCGUAGUAUCAACCCACAGGCAUAGUUAUAAUAUGCGAGCCCUCUGAUCGUUACUUUAAUUCUCCUGCAGCUUUUAUCCAGCGCAUACUGUAGUGAAGGCCUUCAUGAUGAUGCACGUACCAUGUAUUAGUGCGUGCUAUCCCCGUUAUGCCUGUGAUGGAGCCUAGUUCUUGACUUCACCCUGUGAUAAUUCACUGUGUGAUCUUUCUAUUCUGCUGCUGAGCUUGACGCAUCAAGUCUUGAGGCUUGUAAGUUUGACAAGUGUGAGUGAUUUGAAAUAAAAUCAUCAGAAAACCA